AAUGGAGACCCAAUUGAUCGAUAAAUUAAUAUAGUUGAAUAUUGACAAUCCCUUAUUCCCUUAUAAAGAAUACCAUGGAUAGUAGGCAUUAAUUUUCGGUUGUAGUUAUAAGAAGAAAAAUAAUUUCAUUUUAAAAGUAUAAAUCCCUUAGAUUAGGUUAUCGGAUAUGAAAAUGAAUAAACUAUUUAGAAGGAACUUGAUAUUUAUUAUCGUUUGAAGCAGGAGUUUAAGGACAAUGAGAAUUUAGUAGAUAUUAUAGAAAUACAUCAAUUUAAAGACUUGAAGAAAGUCUGCAUACUUAUGAAUGAAUGUAAUACCAAUUUGAAGUUUUAUAAAAACUAAUUAACUGAUCUGAAAUCUAGACUGAUUUUCUUCAUGUAAUUUCUGCAAGGUUACAAAUCAUUAUACAAUCACUAAGUUAUUCAUAGAGAUAUCAAGCCAGAAAAUAUUCUAAUAUGUUUUAAGGAUAAUAAGCCCAUAUAUUAGCUUACCGACUUUGGCGUUUCAAAGCUAUGUGAGGAAUCAAUCAACAUUUAAAGCUAAAUUGGGACUCAACAAUACGCAGCUCCUGAAUUGAGUAAAAUCUAAAGUCCAGGCUUAUUAAAGUUUGAUUAUGAGAAAGGCUCAAAAAUCGAUGUCUAUUCAGUAUUUGAUAACCAAUAUAAUAGAUUGGAUUAGUGUUGUACGAAUUGUAAUUUGGAAAAUUGCCUUUUGAAAAACCUAAAGCUUAGAAUCUAUUCUUUGAUACGACAUUGAAAACCAGACUAAAGAGUUAAGUAGAUAUAAAGUAUGAUGAAGGAUGGUUUGUUGACUUAAUUAUGCAAAUGAUUCAAACCAAUCCUGACGAAAGAGUUGGAUUCAAAAAAUUGUAUGAAUGUUACGACAAAAAACUUGAUAAAUUUAUUUUAAACCUUAAGAAAUUAACUGAGGAUAACAUGAUAUAGUUCUUGUAAAGCUCAUAAUUUAAUAUUAUCAACUAAAAGCAACGGGAGAAUCAACGCAGAAACAAUAGCAGAUCUCCAAUAAGAUUUUUUAAUAAUAACUAAAAUGGAUAAUAAAAUUAGUAUCAUUUGAAUUAGCCAUAAUUUUUCAAUCAGGGUAUCCGAUAACAAUAGUGCCAGACAGAUAGGGCUUACAAAAGGUGA